CACAGAAAAAAAAUAGGAUUUUCUACAAAUUCAAAAGCCAAUCAGCUGUUUGAUCAGGAGACAGACAGGCGUUUCUCGUCCUGCCCUGGUUCGUGCAGCGGCCGCCUAGAUCUCGUGAGUUUAUCGGUGACCACGUGUGCGUAACGUCAGAGCAAGUCUGUAUCAAAUCGGACACAAAUCCAUCCGGUAUUCAUCGCGCAGCGGUCGCAGGAGAUCGAUCCCCUCAGACUGUCUCCUCUCUGAGGAGCGAUCUGCGUAAGACCAGUGUGCGUGUCGACGGAUGCGUCAUUUCUGACUGUAGCUUUUCAACAGAGGAGAACAGGAAUGAGUCAGUGUCAAGGUGAGGAGCAGGAGGAGGUGACUGAGGUGGUAUGUCAGGAGGAGGACCUGAAAGAUGGACAGAUGAAGGAAGUGACCGUGGGGGAGCAGAAGGUGUUGCUUGUUCGCACUCAGGGUCAGUACAGCGCUGUUGGAAGCAAGUGUUCCCAUUACAACGCUCCCCUUGUCAAAGGAGCACUGGUUGGCGACAGAGUGAGAUGUCCCUUUCAUGGUGCUUGCUUUAAUGUCAGAACUGGAGACAUCGAAGAGUAUCCAGGUCUGGACUCUCUGCCUAGUUAUAAGGUAAAAGUUGAGGAUGGCAAGGUGUAUGUUUCCAUCAACAAAAAUUCUCUGAAGUUGACGAAGCGCGUGAAGGAGAUGUGCAGCAAGGCACCAGACAACAAACACACUAUUCUGCUGAUAGGAGGAGGACCGGCCUCGCUGGUUUGUGCUGAAACACUGCGGCAGAACUGCUACGAAGGUCGAAUCAUCAUGGUAACCAAAGACACGCUGCCUCCAUUCGACAAGCCCAAACUGAGUAAGGCUUUGGAUCUGGACAGCAGCAGCAUUCUCCUCCGACCGAGUGACUUCUAUCAACAGUAUGGUGUUGAGGUGUGGACUCAGAAGGAGGCGGUGUCGGUGAACCCGGUUGAUAAGGUGGUGAAGUUGUCUGACGGCUCUUUGCAGCGUUACGACCAGCUUCUAAUCUCAACCGGCUGUCGAGCGCGACCGCUCCAGUGUCCCGGUUCGGACCUGAAGGGAGUGAAGUUGCUGCAGAGAUAUGAAGACGCCAAAGAGAUUCACAACUCCGGUCUGGGCCAGAAAGCUGUUGUGAUCGGAUCCUCCUUCAUAGGUAUGGAGGUGGCAUCCUACUUAUCAAACAAAGCGUCCAGUGUGGCCGUGGUUGGCACUUCCAGAUACCCGUAUGAGCGCUCACUGGGGCCAGAGAUCGGCAAAAUGAGUAUGCAAAUGUUGGAGGAACAAAAUGUAAAGUUUUACAUGAACGACGGAGUCACUGAAAUCCAAGGGGAGAACGGCAAGGUGAAGGGAGUGGUGCUGAAGAGUGGUACAGUCCUGGAGGCUGAUGUGGUGAUUGCCGGGAUUGGUGUCAUCCCCAAUUCAGACUUCUUGGCAGGAAGCCAGUUGGAAGUGGAUUCAAGGAAAGCUGUGAUUGUCGACAAGUUCAUGAGGACCAAUAUACCAGAUAUUUUUAGUGCUGGAGACAUCACAUCUUUCCCUCUGACCAUUCGUGGAGACCAAAGGGUCAACGUGGGUCACUGGCAAAUGUCACAAGCUCAAGGAAGAGUAGCCGCCUUAAACAUGCUAAAGAAACCAACCAAAUGUGAGUCUGUUCCUUUCUUCUGGACUGUUUUACUUGGGAAGAGCAUCAGAUACACAGGCUAUGGGGAAGGAUACACAGAAAUCAUAUUCAAAGGCAAAGUGGAAGAAAGAAAGUUCCUGGCGUUUUACAUCAAAGAUGAGGUGGUGGUAGCGGCCGCCAGCCUGAUGUUCGACCCAGCUGUGGCCCAACUUGCAGAGCUGAUGGCGGCUGGCCGGAUUAUAACAAAGGCACAGGCUCAAGCUGAUGACCUGAGCUGGCUGCAGAUGUAACCAGAUGCCUGCUGUGUGAUAACACCUGUCAGUGACGAAGGACCUCGCCUUUCUCUUUCUCGUUCCUCUCUUGUUUUAACUACAGCUCUACUAUAAGCUUUUAGCCAACCAACAUAACUAUGCACAAACAUUUUUUUUUACUUGAAACUCCAAGAUGCCAAAAACACUCACUUCAAUAGCAUUUUGUAGUAUAGUCAUAUUUAUAUAAUAAUAAUAAUAAUAAAGUAAUAGUAUUUUUCAUACUAUUUUAUCCACUUAAAACUUUCUGAAAACACACAAACCACUCCACAAUAUAUUUAAGUAACUUUGAGUAACUUUUUUUAGAAUCUAAAAUACAAAGGUCAGUUAAAAUGCUGUGCUCAACAAAUACAUUGAUGAAUAGGUUAAUUAUUAACAGUUUUUUUACUUUCAUCAAUACCGCUGUUAUUUAAUCGAUCAUAAAUGUUAAUAGCAAAGAUAUUGUUUAUCUAUCAUAUAACUUGUAAUUCAAAUCCGCAUGAAUGAAUAGAAGAAGAAAGCGCUUUAAGUAAUCUUACCUUUAAUUUACCUUUAUGCUGGAUGACAAUUUAAGCUCAGGUAUUAAACAAACCAGAUUGUCCAAAUCAUACUUACUGUUGUCAGCUGCAGAAUGAGGAUGUUUUUUCUGUCUAUUCUGUGUAUUUUCUUAAAUAGUUUGUUACACUGAUAACAAUAAAUCAUUACUCAACAGUAGAUAACCUUUUCAUCGGUUUUAGAUUUUCAAUUGCUUCUGAGUUGGUGACGCAACAAAACACGACUUUAAAAAUCUUAAUCUUUAGUUAUAGUUGAACAUUUCUCAUCAAACAGCAGAGUGAUUUUCAGCCUUUGGAGUUUUACUUCCACUUUUGUUGCUCAUUGCUGUUUUGAGUCUGUGUGUCCUGGUUUCUGUCAAUUUGCCCUUGUGCAUUUUAUAAACAGCCCCACUACUGUACCUGCAAGCAGGGAAGUCCACUCUCAGAAGUCUUUGCUUCUUUGCUUACGUCACUGGCUGCAAAGAAUUAAACCGGUCAGAGUCUCAGUCUCGUCAUGUCUCAGCCAUGUAACCGUAUAACCUUGUUUGUAUUCCAUGCGUCGUCCAGUCC